UCCAUUGUAACAAAAACUCGAAAAAAUCGUGAUUUUCGGCGCAUAUUUUCACUGUUCACCGUCGCGGUUAUUGAAUCGUCGUCACCAACCCUGCAUUCCGGCAGUCUGCAAUUUCAAUUUUAAAGCCCCAAAUCAGUUCAGUUGCACAAUUUUGGGAAGCUGUAUAUAUGUAUUUGAGUGAAGAUUAUGAGGCUCUUUAAGAGAAUCGCUGGUUUGUUGGGGUUAGGGAAAGACGAAGAUCAGCAGCACCGCGACGGCGACGCUGCUGCUGAGGCCACCGCUCCGCCUCCGUUCUCUGCCGGAUCCGCCGCGGCAGCUACUGCUUCAGCUCAGCAUCUCCCACGCAGAGGCUUCAGCGUUCCUGUUCAGGUCCCCGUCGAGCGGGACCCACCCGCUCCUCUUCUCUUAUUUUGCCCCUCCGGAGAUGGUGAAGUUCAGGGCUUGAGGUGGUAUGCUAGGCGCCUUAAAAUGGAUGAAGAUGGAGAUGUUGCAGAUGAGUUCCUUGAUGAAGUGUCACCAGAUACGUUAAGAAGUGUGGGAGCACAGAGCCCUGCACCAAGGUUUGAAGUGAAGAACAGCACAAAACCUGUCAAAGUGAAGAAUCUGGAAUUGCUACCUAACGGUAAAAUUCAUCAUCUCGUGGAGCACCAUGGCAAGCUGGAGUGGCUGUAAGUGAACAAGAUUGGUUUCCAUAUUAUUAAUGCUGGUCCAAGUUGUCUUAACAUUAACUGUACCAUAAUUCCUUCCUUCCUUUUUAGAAGAGAUAAGAACUGAUGUGUGUCACAAUUCUUCUUCAAUACUGUCGUUCUCAUUACAAUUCUUCGAUUGAGGAAUGUGCAAAAGGCAAUGGUCGACUGCGAUGCAACUGUUUAACAUCACAAGUUGUUUUGCACAAUGCCAAAUUGUAACCUUGAAACGUUCGAGUUAUCAUUGUAUACAGGUUAUUGAGAGUUGAGGUCAUGUUAUGCGACUCUCGUCUCA